GUUGCUCCAACCUUGAUCAAAUCAAAGACGUUCUAGCAAAAGGUCAGGUAACAAGAGUACCGAAAACGGACAAGCUUGCAUAAAGUAUGCAGGGAUCGUGGCAACUGGAAAUAUGUCAUCUCCGCCUCCUCCUCCGGGAAAGAGGCGUGAUUUAUGUAUGUUAGAAACGGUGAGGUGGUACUCCGUACGUACGUGUCGCGAAGGUUGCUGAACCAUAAGCGGCGCAUUUUCUCCACUUUUCAACUUUCUUCAUUCAUACAUAUUCAUAAGCUCCAAAAUUAAAAAUUUUGUUUUGCCAGGAUAUUUCGAGCAUUUGGCCAUAUAUCCACAUCUGUCAACAAAUGCCUCCAACUUUUUUGUGGUUUUCUGUCAAGGUCAAUGACUAGACUCCAUACAGCAGUGCUGAGAAAAUGUAGCAUAGCACCAUACUUAUUUCGAAGUAUAAGGCUUGUGUCUGUUGCAGAUCACCUUGCUCAUCUUGUAAAGUUACUACAAGCUAUCUCAAUACAAACUGUUGUCUCCAUUUUGUGACUGCCAUUCUCAUUCAGCCGGCUGCUACCUAAAUAGGGUAAUUGCCUCGGUUUGGCGUCCAGUUCUACUUUUCGUCCAUUUAACUUCUAAACGCAUAUAAAAGGAAUAUAAACACACCUAUGCAGCGCGCAUGUUGCAUCUUGUCACGAUCCUUCAUACUUAACAAAGCAACAGUUCUAACAACCACAAAAUCCAAUUUGUCAAGUGAAAACUUCGAAAACAUUAAACUCAGUGGCCGGCAUGUGUUCGUGUUUUGUAGACGUCAUUGCCGAUACAAAAAAAAUAGCUGGUGCAGGAACACUCCGUGGUAAUGAAGAAAAAGUUGACUACAUUAUAACCUGCAUCCGAAAUCUUCUGGAAGAAAAAAAUUUUUCUGUAAAGGAACUUCGUAAUAUAGCUUUAUAUUUAAUAUUGAAUGGAGACUUGGAUAUUUUAGAAGACAUGGCAGACAUAAGUAAACUUCAAAGUAUUUUGUGGAUGCUGCCUUCAAUAUCUAAAUAUCUGUUAUGUGAAAUAUUUUGGGGGCUUAAUUUUGACAGAUUUGUAUCAGAAUCAAUAGCAUUUUGUAACCCUCAAAUGAGUUUGGAAUUAGCUUCUGCUUUUAUAGACAAUAUCAAGUACUAUUCCCCUAUGGAGUGCCUAAACAAAUUAAAAAUCAUCACUGAAGCAACUUAUCUUGCUAUUUGUAGACUUAAUUUCUACAGUCUUGAUGAAAAUACUUUAAUGGAUAUUUUAUCUAGGAAUUUAAGCAUAUUCCAGAAAUGUACGAAAUACUUCUGUGAUCCCCCAAAUUCAGCAAAACUUAAUAAUCUGAGUAAAGAUAAUUUAUAUAGGUACAAUGGUGACUGCUUUUAUACAUUUCUUCAGAUAGUCUACAAUUGCUUAGAAAUAUUCACAGGAACACAAGUGCUUUGUCCUGGUGAUGUUGGUCCAGUAUAUACGUAUACUCAUUUCGAAGAAACUCCUCUCAAUGAGUUUAAUUUUAAAAUUUGUGACAGCCCUAAUUUGUCUAUAAUGGAAUGUUUGGGUGAAGUACAUGAUGACCUUUUAAACAAAGUUCAAAACCUUGUGAUGAAAAUAAGUGUAGAAAUAUUUUGUUCCUGGAGUGAAUUUUUAGAGGAUACUCAAAGCAUGCAAAAGAAAAUUGGAGAAUUCUGUUACAAAGUAUGCAGUAAAUUACUGAGUGUGAGCAGUUUAGCGGAGCAUUCAGUAGUGGUUAUGUUACAACAGAUAUCCAGUAAACCUAUUAAUCCAAUUGACCUGGUGAACACUUUAGACAGCCUUACUAUCUGUCAAAAUAUUAACAUUGAAUAUACUAAAGAAAUUUGGUUACAAGCUUUAAUAGAAAAAGAAGAUUUAUGUCAUCAUGAUAUUCUCAUUCAGUGUUUGUCUACUAAUAUUAAUCUUUUGAAUGAAGAACAUUGUUUCAGGCUUUUUAAAGUUAUUAGAACUUAUUUAUCCAGCAAAACAGAUAAUAAAUAUUAUCUUGAAGUAUUGGCAGUUAAAGCGUUCCAGCAUUGCAACAAUCACAGCAAAUAUGAAUUACUCAAUGAACAAUUCCCUGAAAAAGUUUUUGUUGAUAUGACAGAAACUGAAGAUUUUCAUACUCUGCUCAUAGAAUCAUUUAACAAAGCUAUUGCAUCGAGUGAACCAAUUACGUCAGAUUUCCUUACAUUGUUCCUUCAGAAUCCCAAGCGAGUUUUUGGAAAAAUGUUUGAUUUAGCAUUGGAAAAUACUUACCAGGGCAAUAUAAUGGUAGAUACAAUGAAAUUGGUAGAAAAAUUUUCAAAUCAUUACUAUACUUCUGACACUAGACCUUGUUUAUUUGAAGUUAUGCAAAACACAUUUGAAAAUUUGAAUACAGAAGAAAAUAAAACUAAUUUUGUAGAUUUCGUAACUGAACUAGAGUGUAAAAACAUAAUAAGCAAACCAAAAUUAUUCAUAUUGUUCAUAAUGCCAAAUUUACAUAAAGUAUUAUUGAGUAGAAAUUUAUUCAGCCUAAAUGUGUUGCUUAAUUUGUUGAUGGAAGUGUUCUUACCAUAUGAUUUGUCACAAUACCGGGCACCAAUACUGGCCAUGAUGGCACAGGUGCUGGAAUUGGCUCGUUGGAAGAUUACCAAUUUCGUGCCAAUUGCUCCAGAAACACUUACAUUAGCAGUGCUGUUCCAAAAUUCCAUGAUGUCUUCAUAUCAUAAUAGCAUUCCAGAUAAAGAUAGAAAUUGGCUGAAGAGCAAAAUUAAAGGCUUGCAUCCAUUGAAUUUGUACUACUACAGAAAGCUGUGGCAACUGCCAGGGUCCAACUUUGCAGAAAUAAUCAGCGGAAAGGGCAUCAACUACAAUAUGGACAUGGAACGGGAAGUCUCCUGGCUUGCAAAGAUUAUAUGUUUAUGUUCACAUGAUGAAUGGUGUGACUUAUGGGACAGUUACACAGUUUUUCCCAAAAACACGAUUUUAACUUUAUUUCAUGAUGCGUUAUACUUCGUCGCGUACGCUGAAGGUCGCAAUCAUGAUCGAGGCUCCUGGCUAUGUCUUCUCUACGCUUAUGUAAACUUUGUGUAUGUAAUAAGGCAUAAAUUCUUCGAAGAGCCGCUAAGGGACAAUCAGGUCUAUGCAGUCAUCGACAGAAUUUGUAUAACAGAAAACAUUGUCAAGAAAGAAAACGUUGAAGAUUUUGCUACGGUAUUUGUACCACUUUUCGCUUACAUGGCACAAAGGAAAAGCGAUUAUAAGAUGAACAUCAGCCAUAUCAUAAAAGAUAGGUUGCAUCACAAAAAAUUCGCCGAUACCAUCAAUCAAUUGUUCUCAAAUGGUACAAGUGAUCAAAAUUAAAUGCUAGUCUGUCUCGUAAUUAAUUUGUUAUUUGUAAGUGUAAUUUAAGUGAUUCAGCGCUGUUCAGUGUAAGGUCAGGGUUAUAGAAUAUGACCCUGUAAUUUGUCGGUUUUUAAUGACCCAAGAUAAUUUCCUAUUAACUUGUUUUGUACAGCAUUAGUAAAAUAUAUUUUUUUUUUCAAUUAGAUCUUUUACCGAGCUGAGCUCGCUUAAAUUACAUGACAAUUAAUUCAAGUUAAAGGGAAAUAAGUACGCUCGUCCCAAUUAAGGUAUUAAGAAUGUUACUUUUAUAUGGAAAUGUUAUUAGAUUUGUCGUAAGAAGCAAUGAGGGCAUUAUUUUCGCAUUAAGAAAAAAGACAUCUUAUUUGUACGAAUGCCAGACCCCCUGGACCCUACACGUCAGGAACUUAAUCAAUUCUAUCAAUAGCAUUGUUUUCUUUCUUCAAAACGACACACAAACAAAUGUUUGUCUGGGACUAUCUUAUUAGUCCCUGCUUAAGAUUUAGCCACAAUGUGAUGAGCAAAAUGAUAUUUUAUUAAUACAUCUCGAUUAUGGACAAUACGAAUACCUAUAAGGGUUCAGACAAACUGAGUUUUCUUUCGAGCCUAAUACUUCCCCUAGGCUGCCUGUCUUUGACGCUGAGUCAGACCGCGAUCCGGAGAAGCGAUAAAAUAUUUAUCAAUUAAAAUGCAAAAAGUCUCCGCUCCGCAAUUGGUCCAUAUUUCCUCGCUUCGCCGCCUGGCUCCGCGUCAAUAGACGGACAGCAGCCUUAAUAGGUCUCCGGGAAAUUUAAAGUAGGUAAAUCCUACAUAACAUCUCUUUUCAAAAUAUUUUUUUAAAUAUGGUUUGUUUGUACUAUUUUUGAAUCCUCACAUCAGAUAGUCUGGGCUCAGUCAAAUUUUUGUUAAUGUGACACAGAUAAAAUUAUUAUAAUCUUAAAUCUUAUCACCAAUUAUUGAAGAAGACCCAGUCCCUUAGGCGUCACGUCCAGGGGUUCUGUCUGUCAAUAUGUACUAAGAUCACCUCCUCUCGAUAUUUAUAUAUUUUUUAAUAAUUUGGAACAUGCCCCAAAUCCACAAGCACACAAAUGAUUGAAUCAUAGAAAAAAAACAAUACAAAUAAACAGAUCAAAUAAAA